AUGUCCAGUGACUGUGGCAAAAUUUCUGAAUCAUGCCGCAGUAAAUAUAUUGAUUCGAUUAAACUAUUUUUAUCAUUUUUAGACUUGCAACACCUUGUUUUUUUGGUCCAUACUGUUAACCUGCAGAUUGACAAAAAUAACAAUACAGAUGAGUCAGUUGAGCAAAAUGUUAAAUCACUUAAAUCAAAAUUUGAACAAUUAACUCAACAGCCACAAUCAAAUGACGUUAGAAAACCGACCUCUGACGCUAGAGCAACAUUUCAAAAUCUUGUUACUUUAGCGCAUCAACAACAUAAAAAAACAGAUCAACCACAACAGGAAAAAUCAUUAAUGUCAGACACCACUAAUUCUUAUUCUAAUAUAGAAAAGGACAACAUUAAGUUAGAUGAAAUAAAACAAAAACCAUCUUUUAAAAACGCUCACACAGUCACCAAUCAAUUAGAUUCUGGAAAAAAAACCCCUCCACCAAUACCUGCUCAUAGAUCAAAACCACUUAACAACUAUAGUACCACAACAAAAGGCAUAAUACUUAAUAAUCCAUUCGAUGAUUCUGAUGAUGUUGAUCCUUUUGGAGACGAUCAAGAAAUUUCAAAAUUAAAUCUUAAAUCCCAUUAUUCUAAUGCUAAAGAAAUCACACCACCACCUACCAAACCUUUUCAAACAUCGACCAUCAACGAUGAGGAUAAUGAAAAUGAUUCUUAUUUAAAGAAAUCACCUAAUAGUAACUUAUCAAAACCAUACCCCGAUAAACGACCACCACUUCCAACACGUCCUCAAUUAGCAUCACAUGUUAAUAAUGAUGAUAUAAAAAAUGGUAAAAAAACUUCAAGAAAUAUUAGAGCUGGAAAAAGUGAACCAAAUCAUGAUCACGACACUGAUGAUGAUUCAGUGGUUGAUAUUGCUAUUUCUGAACUUGAUGCCCCUGAUAUAGCUCAUGCUAAUCGCAGACCACCGAGAUUCCCCGGAAUUAAAGAUAUUCAGCAUAAAAGUACAAUACGCACCUUUGCAAUUGCUGGAAAUUUUGUUAUUACCGAUUCAAGUCUUUCUCGCGUAUGGUCAUUGGAUGAAGGGACUAAUAUUAAUACUAUUUCUCAUGAAGAUUCCAAAGUGAUUAGUAUGUGUUGGCGUCCAUCAAGACGGGUUGAAGAUGUUGGUAGAUAUUUGUGGUGUGGCUCACAAGAUGGUUAUCUGUUUGCUAUUGAUAUAAAUAAGGAAAAAUAUAUUGAAAUCAAUAAAAAGGCUCACAACCAUCCUAUCAUCUUUAUUUUACGUCAUGAAUUUCAAUUAUGGACAAUUGAUGAUAAUGGUAAAUUGAUGAUAUGGUCUGAGGAUGGAAAUGGAUGUUUAACUUUGAAAUCAACACCUAAGCCUUGUCGUAUUACUCCUAAACAAACCAGCGCUAUUAUUGUCGGCCAUUGUCUAUGGUCAUCAAACGGAAGAGUUAUUGAAAUUUUUAAUCCUUUUGAUGAAGUUGAUUCAAGUUCCAAAAAAAUUGAAUUAGAGGCAGAAAUUGGAAGUAUAAAAUGUAUGACCCAAACAAGCAACCCUUCUCUAAUGUCUGCUUGUUUAUUUUCUAAAAUUGUCUUUAUUGUAAUUUCAAAUGCUCCGCUAAUUGGACGAUGA